UCUCACUUCGAAGAAGCUCUUUUGUCUCACGCAUAUUUGAGUGUCGUGUCAAUAGCGACGGAAUGAAACCGGAUUAGACCUUACAUCCGUGGUUGUAGGAUAUUUCUUCUCCACGAAGGUCGCUCCGUAUUAUUCAGUUCCCCGGAGUGCACCGUUCAACAGGACUUCCGCUCUUUGGAAUGAACGUGUCAUUUUACUAGUAUCAAACCAGAACUUUGUGACUCUGCCUUCAUAACGUACAAACGAACCUUGAAAGGCUUCGGAGAACAACACUCUCAAACUCGGUUGGUGUGGCCAAAAAGGGAAGGUGUCAGCAAUAGUCUAUUUUAAAAGAAACCGUCAUGUGCCCAAAGUCCUCCACUAAAUUUACUCUGUCGAGCUCAGAGCGUCGGCGGUCGAUUCAACGAGCUCGGAAUAUCUCGUCCACCUUCCUAUUGAGUUUUUGAGGCGGCGUUGAGAACGUUUGGCGACUUCGAGGCCUUCCAAAGAAGGAAGAGAGAAGAACCCUUCGCGGGCCCAGCCAUUGCCUUUUGGCUUCAGUUUGCUUUUAGACUUGGAUUAACGAGGACAAAAGUAAGUGUACACGGAAAGAGAAUCUCAAAAACGCUGUGGAGACAGACGGCAGAUUCAGAACUGAGGUAACGUCUCCAGGAGCGUGAGUGAAAGUCUGGAGUGGAAGUGGAAAGACAUAUCCAAUUAAGACACCCCUCGAGAUUGGUAUAGUCAAACGCUUUUGGGUAUUCGAUUACAGUGCCAAGCAAGAUCUUCGACAUCCCAUGAAAGCUUAUUACUGGCGACAAGCAGCAAUAUUGCACUGCGUACAUACGUACAAUCCCAAGACUCUGAUCCAUGAAUCUCAAGGGACGACAACUGUUUAGGAAUUCUGGCACGUCACAUCAUCACUCGUCUCAAAAGAAAUAAGGUGCUCUUUUUUUUCCCGGGCAUUCCUCGGUGGACGGGAGAUCUAAACAGAUUCUUUAGAACCAGCCACAAGGUCCAUUCGGUGAAGAUCUUUGGGGUGGAGAUUGGUGGUCAGUCAGUCUCUCACAUCAUCAUUGUCCCACAACAUGUCAUCCGACGAGGAACACGAAACCGUUGGACAUCUUAAGGUCCCAGCCAAAUUGGUGGCCGCCACGGCCGUCGGAUUCAAAGACCGCACCAAGCGAAGGUUAAGUCUUCCAAUUUCGGGUGCUGGACGAGAUCACUCCAGGCGAUCUUCCAAUGCCUCCAACUCUGAAGCUGGAGGGGGUCGAAAGGGAUCCUUUGACUCUACAGAGUCUUGGUCUUCUUUUGACUCGGAUGAGGAUGCACCUCACCCCAGGCAGAUUACUCAAGUCAAUUCCAAAGGGUUCUCCAGCUUCUGCGUCAAAAACAUCAGCUCUCACAAUUUCGGACGGCGAGAGAUCAAGUUGGCAGAGUUCGAGAUGCCAGGGUUGAUGUCGCUUCGAGAACGAGCCCUGGCCGACCAGCCUUUGAAAGGUGCCAAAAUUGUGGGAUGCUCUCAUGUGAAUGCUCAAAAUGCCGUCAUGAUCGAGACCUUGGUGGCAUUGGGUGCUCACGUCAAAUGGUCCGCUUGCAAUAUCUUCUCCACUCAAAACGAAGUGGCCGCGGCCUUGGCAGAGUCAGGGAUCUCUAUCUAUGCUUGGCGAGGUCAGACUGAAGAAGAUUUUUGGUGGUGCAUCCAGCAAUGUCUGACCGGCGAGGACAAUUGGCAUCCUAAUCUGAUCUUCGAUGAUGGUGGAGACAUGACCCACGUCCUGGUCACCAGGUUCCCAGCCAUUGCUAAACAGGUCAAGGGCAUCGUGGAACAAAGCGUUACCGGCGUCCAUCGGCUCUAUCAAUUGUCCCAGAAACAUAACCUACCCGCUCCUGCCAUGAACACUCACGAUGCCGUCACGAAGACCAUGAUGGAUAACUACUACAGUCAAAAGGAGUCCGUGGUGGAUUCGCUCAAGCGCUGCACCGACAUCAUGCUCGCAGGCAAGACCGUGUUGGUCUGUGGCUACGGCCAGGUGGGCAAAGGCUGCGCCAUGGCCUUGAAGUCCAUGGGCUGCGUCGUGUUUGUGAGUGAGAUCGACCCUAUCUGCUCCUUGCAAGCCUGCAUGGAUGGCCUGAAGGUCCGUCGAGUAGAGUACGUUAUCAAGAAAGUGGAUAUCGUCGUGACAGCCACCGGAAACAAAGGCGUCAUCACCCGCGAGCACAUGGACAAGAUGAAGGACGGCUGCAUUGUUUGCAACAUGGGACAUUCGAACACCGAGAUCGAUAUCAACUCCUUGAAGAAGCCCAACAUAACGUGGGAGAAGAUCCGAUCCAACGUGGACAACAUCAUUUUUCCCAACAAGAAACGGAUCACCCUUUUGGCUGAAGGUCGACUCCUAAACCUUUCUGUGGUGAGCAUUCCAAGUUUGGUGGUAUCCGUGAGUGCUGCCACACAAAUCUUGGCCUUGAUUGAACUGGCCAAUGCUCCGGCGGCCCGAUACAACAAGGACGUGUACCUCCUACCCAAAAAGAUUGACGAGUAUGUGUCCAGCCUUCAUCUACCGCAAUUUGAUGCGGGGCUCAGCGAGCUGGAUCAAGAGCAGGCCAAAUAUUUGGGCAUCCCUCAACAUGGACCAUUCAAGCCUCAAUACUACCGUUACUAAAAACCAAUCUCAUGCUCUACUAUUGUACGAACACUCACAUUGCUCAUGGUCUUCAUGUUCGAAGCGCUCCUUUCAAUGUUGUUGCUAUUGGUUUCUAAUUAUGAGAAUGGACCCAAUACUCCCAUUGGGAAAAGUGGGGUCGAUGAGAAGCUGACAGGCCCUACGUAGAUACAGCACGCUAGUUAUUCUGCUUACCAACAGAUUGAAUAGGAAACCGUCCCAUUCUGGCUUCGAAGAAUCAGGAUUGAAGACGUCGUGUCUUGUCGAGUUUGGCUCAAAGAUGGUUCCAUCUCUUUGGGUCUGGUUCUUUCUUCGUGGAACAGUUCUUGCUUGGAGCACCAUACGUAGACCACACAGCUUUCGUACUCUUUGUGUUUGCCUCUAAUCCCAUAUGUCCUAAAACCAGAGUAUAAGUCUGUAGAAAUCCCAGCCAUCCUGAAUAAUGAGUGAGUGAGCUAGAACAAUCGAAAGAAGCCUUUCGAGACAAUAAGGUAAUAGAAUCUGGCCAUGUGUAUUUUUAGAUCCUUAUCGAAUCAUUACUUAUUACUCCUGCUUGGUGAAGGGCUCGCCAUGAAGUAACUGUGGGCAAUUCUGUGUGUAUAUCUUUGGAUGUAAAGUCAACCGAUGUCAAAAAAAGAGAGCUCUACUAUACUGUACGUAAAUCUCAAUGAACUUUGCUUGUGAAUGCUGACUUUUGGACUAAAUGUGAUUCCCGGAAUACCGUGCAAAAUCGUAUUUCAAAAUCUUGUAUUAACUAAGUAAUAAAGAGCUAUAUCUGCGCCGAA